AUGCUGUGACGAGAUUUCAAAAUCGUCUGGAAUUGAAACAUCCGCCAAUAUCCGAAAAAGUUGGAGUCACAUGCAACAUAAACACUCUGAAUAUCAAAAUUGAAUUGGGAUGUGACGAAGAGCAAGGUCCGCUAUGGCCAUCAUUAACUGCAUCAACUGAUGAAUCAUAUAAUGUGAAGAUAGAAGAUUCCCAAAUUACCAUAGACUCCAGUGAGGUUUGGGGUGCUUUACACGCCCUUGAGACCAUACUUCAAUUGGUGUACCAGGGAGAAGGUGGAGGGAAUGUUAUAUUUCAAGGAUCGUUGAUAGACGAACCAGAAUUCGUUCACCGUGGAAUGCUGAUAGAUACUGCGAGAUACUUCUUGCCUCUUGAUAUCCUGAAGAAACUGAUAGAUAGCAUGGCCAUGGUCAAGAUGAAUGUGUUUCAUUGGCAUAUAACAGAUGAUCAAUCAUUUCCCUUUGUCUCAACUACUUGGCCGAAACUGUCAGAGCAGGGCGCAUAUCAUUCUCCGAGGUGCACAUAUGGUGAAGGAGAUGUGAAUGAUCUCUUGGAGUAUGCCCGUCAACGUGGAAUUCGUGUGAUUCCAGAGUUUGAUACUCCAGGUAGAUAA